UCCAUGUGAUGUCACCAGUGUUGUGGCAACACCAACUGUCAUUGGGGCAUUGGUGCAGUGUCUCUCGUGGUUCACCGACAGACAUGCUGACUAGAAUGAACAGGAUUCUUGGGAGACAGGAUGGCGAGCACAGGGAGAUCAGAGGGAGGCAGAAGGAAGAUGACCUUCAGUCUCCAUGUCACACAUCAAGAAACAAAUGGUUCUGGAGAAAGCACAGGACUGCUAGGAAGGCAUCAUCCACACCCUUCUUCCUCACUGAGCAGGAGCAGCAGCUGAACCAGGAACAUCAAAGACUUGAGGAAAAUCUUCAGUCCCUGCUGAAGCAGAAGGAGCUGUUCACUCGGCAAAGGGACUUGGCAGUAAAGCUGCAGCAUCACUUCACUGUGUCCCAGAUGAGGUUUGAAACCCUCCAGCAGGAACUGGAGCAGACCACAGCCCAGGAAGAGAGUCUCCUGCAGAUGGAGCUGCUGGUGCAGAAACACUAUGUUCCAGGAAAACUGAGAAGGUGGGAAGAAGCCAGAGACACCUUGAAGGCAUGACAUUCUACACUCCAGGUUCACAGCCUCCUCAGAAAAUACCACCUAUUUUCAGCUAUGAACUCACUAGUGAGGCAAAUAUCAACCUACCAUCAGGCCAUCCAGCCACAAUCUUAUCUACAUCCAUUGACUCACUAUUCCCAGACAAAAGAUUGUAUCAGAAAUAGUCUGAGAUUAAGAGGACACAACACAAAUUACUAAGACCCCUGACAUCCAUCAGCAUGUGUCCCCAGUGAGGGGCAAAACAACAUGGAGAGGACAUGUGGGUGAGCAAGUGUUCUUCUGUUGACUAUCAAGGACUUUGACAAGCUGACUCCAUAUGUUAUGGAAAUCUGACAAGGAAGACUGUGUUAACAUCACACUGCCAUCCAGACAGACCACACCAAAACCAUAAGAUUCUCUCUACUGCAGUGCUGAAGCUGAUGCCAUGUCAUGUGCUAGUGUUGCUGAAGAUAAUUCACUGUAGAGAAUAAGCCAGAUGCUUACCUCAUUUGCUCUUCCAUAAUGAAAUUCCAAAGGAUCCUGAAAUUUGCUUAAUUUUUUUUUUGUUAUAUGUUGGGAUAUUUAUGCUUUGGAUUUUGGUUUCUUCUUUUUGGUUUAAGGUUUUGUUAAUUGUUGUUAUUUCUUUUAUUCUUGUCACUGUUUUAAAAGUUUGCUAAGGCUAUACAUUGUAUAUAAGGACUGCUGUUUUGAAUGCCCCCAUUUAGUAAAAUGAAUGUACUUUUAUGAAUAAAAUCCAAUUUCAAAUUUCACUCUGAGACACUUCUUUAGUCAAAUGAAGUUUCACGCUCUGUAAUCCCAUAACU